AUGCCUGUCCGCGCCUCGCCGCGGACCGGUAGGCUGAAGCCUAUGCUUCGUGUGCCGCCCCCGCCCCGCGAUCCGAACUUGAACGGGGGAACGCCCUCGCCCGGUCCAGCUAAGGGAAAGGAGAAGGUCAAGGGCCCCGAACGCCGUGUUCUUCCCGCGCGAGUGCGGCGGGCAGCUGGUGGAGGUGCCGAGGGAAUACGCGACAUAGAGGAGAUGGUCGUGGACUGGCUUGAGCGUUGGGGGGACAUAGAUCCUGCGCCGCCGGAAAGCGUCGUCGUGCGCGUAACUACGGCACCAUUGAAGGGCACGUACGCCGUCGAGGACAACAGCAUGCAAGCCGGUCCUUCAACGGCACCCAUGAACGCAGAGCACGCUGUGACGCCGACAGGAGCAACAAGCACACCCGGCCCGUCGGCUCCCGCUCUCACAACGGUUCUUUCAACGCUAGCGCCCGGUUUGGUUCCGGGCAGUGCUCUCGCCGGGGAAGGCUCGCAUGUGUCUUCGGCUCUGAACACGCCGGUGCCCGGAGUGAAGCGCAUCGAAACGCCAGCGUGGAUCAUGGUCAAGGCGGGCGAAGACGACGCGGAGGAAGCCCGCCAGGAGAUGGUCGCAGGUCCGAAUCGCUCCCCAUCGAAGCGACUGCGACACGGCGUAGUCGGUCUCGAGGUGAGCCUCCGCUUCUUGAACCUCAUUCGUCCAGCUGACCUCCAGAUCGAAGACACAAGUGACGCUUACUACGAAGCGCAGCACCGGCGCUUCGAGGCCUUUGAGAAGCGCCAGCGUAUCCGAGAACGCGAGCAACUGCAGUUCAACCGCUACAAGAUGAAGGCGCGCGUGGAUCUGCUACGCAACCUGCCACAGACGCAAUGGGUGUCCAUGGUGGCCGCGAUUCUGGCGCGGGAAGGCGAUGAGACCUGGCAGCGUGGACGGCGCAAAUUGACUACUAUGGGAAAUGACUGGCUCCGCCGCCAUCUCAUCAAAGAGGGUCUUGAGGUGCUUCGACGCUACGACGAGCUUCUUCCGAAAGAGGGUCAGAAGGAGAAGGAAAAAGAGAAGGAGAAGGCGCUGAAAGGGCUCGCUGCGAGUCCCGCUAGCUCGCCUCCGCCUCCAUCGACUCCCAAGCCGGUCAUCAAACUUCGCCUGUUCUCGAGUGCACAGCGAGAAGCAGCCGCUCGCGAAGCCGCAGCAAAGGAAGCGGCACGGAAGAAAGCCGAAGAGGAGCGCCAGCGACAGCGCAGCCGGAGCAGCUCCUUAUCGAGCUUGAGCGACUGUGAUCCGUCGAGUCCCGCCAGCGUCGCUGCAACGCCGACACCCGUGUUGAGCGAACCCAGCGCACAUAGCCCGGCUUCAGUGCCAUCACCGGUGCCGCUCCGUCUCAAGCUGCAGCGUCCCAAGAGCGGCUCGCUCCAGACCACGCUCAAGUGGGGGAAGCCGACGCCUUCCCCGACGAAACCUCCACCUCCAGCGAAACCCGCCCCAGCACUUGCGCCGCUAGCGCCGGCACUUCGCGCGCCGAGGUCUUCGACUGGCUCUGCAUCGACAGAGGCUAGUAGCCCUCGUAAGACGAGGCGCCUUAGCUCCGAUUCAGCGGAUGUCACGGGCCGCAGGCGCAGCCUGCGUUCCCAGCCCUCCAAACAGAACGCUCUCGGUCUCGUUGAGGAUGACGAGGCAGAUAUGGCCGGCGUCGAGGCCGAGGUUCUCAAGCUGUAG